AUGCCCGACGUCUGUACCAACUGGAAGGAGGCUCUAUUCAUGGGAUACUUCGGACCUAUCGGUGCUGGUGCUGUCUUCUAUGUUGAGCAUGCCAGGCAUCUAUUCCCCCACGAGGGCGAAGGUGAUGAAGAGGAGACGAACCUCGUUCGUGCAAUGGGCCCCGUUGUCUACUUCCUGGUUCUCUUCUCCAUCAUCGUCCACGGGCUUUCUAUCCCAGCUCUCAAUAUCUUCUAUCACUACACUGGAAAGGCACCUAUUCGGGAAGAUGCUGUUGAGAUGAGACGCCUCUCUGUGCGAGUUGCAACUCCUCCCAAUGCUAUCGCAGGAGACAAGGAUACUUUUAUUGCGUACAACCGCUUCAGUCGUCAUGUGGAUCCUAGUGCAGUCAACCUUCCAUCCACAAGAUCUCUGGACGAUCACUCGGACGAUGAGGAUCUUGGCAAGGGGCAGAAGCCCGGUAUCGCGUUUGUUUAA